UCAUCUCGUACACUAUUAGGUCUAUAACCUCAAAAAUUAGUUUGUAUAUAAACAAAAUAUGCAAUAUUAAAGUGUUUUAAAAAUAUGUUCUUAAAUAUUUACGUUUAUGUAUGUAAUGUAAAUUACGCUCAACUGUUUUAUAAUCGAUAGAUAAUAAUUAAACAACGAGUAAAUAAACUAAUAAAGAAGGUGUAUUAAAUAAACACUGACUAAAUUAAUGUUUGAAAAAUGUGAACUAGUAAGGCAUUUUAAAAAUUCACGUGCAAUUUUCAAGUUCGCAAGAUAAGACAUAAAUUCAAAAUGAAAUCAAGUAAAAAUGUUACUUCUGAAGGUUUGUGGGGUGAACUUCCAGUUAGAGAAACUCAUAAACAAGAAGUUAUUACUCCUGAUAUAAUUGAAAAUGUUUGGCGACAAGUUAUCGAAGAAACAAGCAAUUCAGAUUGCGAUUAUCAAGUGCACAGACAGCUUGAAUAUAUUCAAAUGCCUUUGGAAAAUUUACAUGUAUUAAAUACUGUAAAUUUACGUCAGCAAUUACUAGCAAUGGAGGAUGACAAUGUCCUAAGAAAUAUAACUGUAGUAGAACAUGAAUCUCAUGACGAUAUACCUAAAGAUUCAUGUAGUUUUACUCUAUCCAACAUACCUAAUAGAAAGAAAUUCAAAAAUAAUGUUAAUAUUUCUCAGUUGAAGCCUCCAACAGCACAAGGCUUGCUUAAACAUGCAGUUACUAUACUCUUAGCCCAUAUUGGGUUUGAUAAAGCAUCAGAUUAUGCUAUUACCACCCUUACUGAUGUUGCUGACCAUUUCCUUAGGAGGAUGGGACUUUUAUUAAAAGUAGCAUCAGAAGAGAAUAAUUGUGGAUUCCCAGAUGCAAUUGAAAAGGUUCUUGUAGAAACAAAUAUAGGAGGUGUUAUGGGUUUAUAUGAUUAUUAUCAAGAGUAUGUUCUUAGGCAUGAAAGAAAUAUAAAAAAGAAAGUAGAGAAAAAAAUGGAACAGCAGAGGCAACGUGAACUGAAUGUCAAUACUACAAAGAUAGAGGUAGAUGAUGUAGCAAAUAGUCUGCAAUUUGAUGAUCUUAGUGAACUUGGUAAUGUAUACAGAGAUGUGCCUACUUUGCAAUUACUAGAUCCAAACAUGGGCUUUACACCUAGUUUGGAUGCUGGUUUUCAAAUGCUACAUAGUCUUGAACAAGAUGAAUUAAAUAGCUUAGAGGUUGAAGAGAAUGAGGUAAAUGCCAAUGAUUCACCAAAUACUAGGCAUCAAAAUCAAGAUUUUAUGAAGAAAUGACUGUUAUAAAUAAUAAAACCUAAACUGUAUUAUAUAAUAAUUAAAAUUAUCGUUACAAAAUUGUAAAAUUAAUAAAAUAAUAUGAUAAUGAUCGUUGCAUCAGUUUGU